ACUAAUUUUCCAGAACAACAAGGAAAGUUAUGCAUCAGGAAAGGUAUAAACAUACCAAAAGCAUAUGGCAGCACAAAUACCAGAAUCUGAUCAGACCAAACAGUUCAAGGAAUUUCUUGGAACCUACAGUCAACUUACAGAAACCUGCUACUUGAACUCUGUUAAAGACUUCACAACAAGAGAAGUAAAACCCGAGGAGAUGAAGGAGGCCCUGGCAACCAAAGCAGGACCCCUUGGCCAAUCAGGAUAG